UUCUUAUCAGAUUUCGUUGCAAGAGGGUUUUAAUAUUACUUGACAGAUGUCUUAGUUAAACGCAAAGCAAUUUUGGUGGAGAGUCGUACAUAAUGUACGCAGAACGUGGCGUUCCAAUGUCCAUGGACAUAACGUCGGUGUGUGGUAACCGGUUACAACCAGUUACAGGCAUAACGGUUGUAAAUAAAUCGUCAUCCCUACGUCAUACAUCGGACAAGCACCCGCACCAGAUACUGGAUGUGUUGAAUAUAUUAAGAAAGAGACAAGAGCUAUGGGACGUAGCUAUCGUUGUUGGAAGUUUGAAGCUUCAUGCACAUCGUGUUGUACUUGCAGCUGCUUCACCUUACUUUCAUGCCAUGUUCACUGUGGAGUUGGCGGAAAGCCACCAAACCGAGAUUGUUAUCCGUGACAUUGAAGAGAAAGCCAUGGAACUACUGAUAGAUUUCGCAUACACUGCACAAAUAACGGUAGAGGAAAGUAACGUCCAGUGUUUGUUGCCUGCUGCCUGUUUGCUGCAGAUGGUGGAAAUACAAGAAAUCUGCAGUGAGUUUCUGAAACGACAACUGGACCCGACAAAUUGUUUGGGUAUUCGUGCGUUCGCCGAUACACAUGCUUGUCGUGAGUUACUGAGGGUGGCCGAUAAGUUUACACAAGCAAACUUCCAAGAGGUGAAAGAAAGUGAGGAGUUUCGUCUUCUACCGGUUGACCAAUUGAUCCAAAUCAUAAGUUCCGACGACCUGAACGUUCGAUCAGAAGAACAUGUUUAUAAAGCUGUUACUACAUGGAUUAAACAUGACCUUAAAGACAGAAGAAAUUUACUCCCUAAGGUUCUACAACAUGUCCGCCUUCCCCUUCUGACUCCCAAGUUCCUCGUUGGAGUAGUGAGUGUAGAUCCCUUUAUACAUGGAGAUGAGCAAUGCAGGGACUUAGUUGAUGAAGCUAAGAACUACAUGUUGUUACCACAAGAGCGGCCACUCAUGCAAGGGCCAAGAACAAGGCCACGGCGCCCGAUAACCAGAGAAGUUCUAUUUGCUGUUGGAGGUUGGUGCAGCGGGGAUGCCAUUAACUCAGUUGAAAGAUAUUGCCCUGAAUCUCGUGAAUGGCGCUUGGUGGCGCCAAUGAGCAAGAGAAGGUGUGGCGUGGGUGUGUCAGUAUUGGAUGAUCUACUGUACGCUGUGGGCGGGCAUGAUGGAACGUCAUAUCUCAACAGUGUUGAAAGAUAUGACCCUCAAACCAACCAAUGGUCAUCUGAUGUUCAACCCACAAGUACAUGUCGUACCAGUGUGGGUGUUGCUGUGUUGGAUGGUUACUUAUAUGCAGUGGGGGGGCAAGAUGGAAUGUCUUGCUUGGAUAUCGUGGAAAGAUACAGCCCCAAGCAGAACAGGUGGAACAAAGUUUCUUCCAUGAACAUAAAGAGACUCGGAGUAGCUGUGGCAGUGCUUGGUGGGUACUUGUAUGCUGUCGGGGGCUCCGAUGGCCAAACACCUUGGAACUUGGUGGAGCGAUACGACCCUCGUGAGAACCGCUGGACAGAGAUGGCGCCAAUGAGCACACGAAGGAAGCACCUUGGAUGCGCUGUUUACCGGGACAUGCUAUACGCAGUUGGUGGCAGGGACGACACCACCGAACUCAACAGUGUGGAGCGCUACAACCCUCUUACUGACACUUGGUCAACUGUGGUGGCCAUGAACUCAAGGAGGAGUGGGGUUGGCCUUGCUGUGGUGAACGGCCAGCUCAUGGCAGUUGGUGGCUUUGAUGGAGCAAGCUACCUCAAGACCAUUGAGAUCUACACUCCUGAAGCCAACACAUGGAGGAUGUAUGAUGGCAUGCAUUACAGGAGGUUGGGUGGAGGUGUUGGUGUUAUAAGACUCCCACAAGCGUGAGGAUGCUGAUGGUAAACACAAGCCAGCAGGAGAUGCGUUGCUUCACUGUAACUGGUCACAGCUAUAUUUUCAUACACUACCAUCUACCAAUACUACUAUACUUCCAGUUCUAGGCCAUUUCCUGCAGAUUCAAACUAAAGUAAAAAGGAUAUUUGGAUAAUAAUAUUAAAACAUACAAUUUCUAUAAACUAUUCAAAUAUUGAUAAAACAUUUAAAUUAAGUAAAAAGGAUGUUUAGAUAAAAAUAUUAAAAUUUACAUAUUCUAUAAACUGUUUGAAUACUGAUCACUUGGUACUUGGUAUUUAAGCCUGUAUUUCAAGCUGUUCUUAUUAGAUUCAAAACUUUAUGUCUUUGCUCUCAAACAAAGAUUUAGUAAAAGUUUCAACAGUUUUUUACAGAGGGUUAAAUUCAUGAUCAUUUAUUAUGACACAUAAAUGCACUGUAUGAGUCACAGUUUUCUAUUCCUAGCUCUAUAAUAGAUAUUCUCCUGUGACUAAGCAACUCCAACUCAAUCUAAGUGUUUGUAUUUCCACUCCUCUGUAGUAGACAAUACCCCACAGCACAAAAUAUCACUCUAUUUCUCAAUACACUUGUUUUUUUAUAAUUAAUGCUUCUCAUCCCUGAGAGUUGUGAACAUAAGCGGGUUCAUUUAUUUUGUUUAGGUUACCAAUUACAGUGGUUUACAAAGUCUUUGAACUAUUACUGAUAAAGUUGUAGAAACAAUAAUUUAAAUAGUUAAAUUGUUUUAAGAACUAGGUCACCAAUGCUUUGUCAUAUUUUCUAUUAUUAUUUGGGUCACCACAAAAUGGGUUGAGUGGCACUGUUGUAAGGAGUAAGAUGUUUUUAUUUCGUGAUGUUUCUGUUUUAUUGAUCUAUUUAAAAAUACAAAAUCUGCUCUAUGUGAAA